GCGUUAGUAAAUGCUGCUGGUGGACUUAAUGUGCAAACAACGCACGAUAAUAACAGGAAGUCAUGAAGUGUUUAAUACGAAUAACUAGUUAAAUACAAUUGUGCAAAUAUAUUUAUUUGAAUGCACUACCCUAACCGAAGGAAUGUUAGCAUUUGAAAAUGGCCCGAGGAUAUAAAUGUGUAGAGUCAUUCUUUUGUAAUUGAAGGUAUUGAUUUUGAAGUACUGUACUUGUAUUGUUUGAAAUGUAAGCUCAUUCGUUGUUCUGUUUGUUAUUUUUAAAUUACUACAAUGCCUUUUUGGAUAGUGUUCCUAGUUUUCUUUUCCGACUUGUGGUACACUGGGUCUACCAGCCCCAACAUCGUUCUCCUUUUUGCCGAUGACUUGGGGUUCGGUGAUCUGGGGUGCUAUGGACAUCCGACUUCAAUAACCCCAAACCUCGAUAUAAUGGCAGCCAAUGGACUGCGGUUUACCGAUUUCUACUGCGCCAGUCCGGUGUGUAGCCCUUCUAGGGCAGCUCUGUUGACAGGCCGCUACCAGACUCGCUCUGGAGUUUACCCUGGUGUCUUCUACCCUGGGUCGAAAGGUGGACUCCCACUAAAUGAGACCACUAUCGCAGAGGUCCUCAAGCCCUUGGGCUAUGCUACAGCCAUGGUUGGCAAGUGGCACCUGGGCAUUGGAGCCAAUGGAAGCUUCCUACCUGUCUACCAGGGAUUUGACCAUUACCUAGGUGUGCCUUACUCUCACGACCAGGGCCCUUGCCAGAACCUGACCUGCUUUCCUCCAGACACAAAGUGUUAUGGGAUGUGUGACCAAGGGGUGGUCCUGCUGCCCUUGUUUUUUAACAAUACAAUAAUUCAGCAGCCUGUGAGCUUCCCUGAUCUGGUGCCACACUACAAGAAGUUCACCACACAAUUCAUUACAGAGUCUGCCAGAAAAGAACAGCCCUUCUUUCUCUACUAUGCCUCACAUCACACACACUACCCCCAGUUUGCAAGUGCUUUAACUGCAGGGAAGUCUCUGCGUGGACGCUUUGGAGAUGCCCUGAUGGAAUUUGACACUUCAGUGGGAGUGAUUCUUGAAGCACUAGAAGCAAAUGGUAUCCAGAAUAACACCUUUGUGUUCUUCACCAGUGAUAAUGGCCCUGAACUAUUCCGAAUGUCUCGUGGGGGGAACGCUGGACUCCUGAAAUGUGGGAAAGGAACAACAUAUGAGGGAGGGAUGAGAGAGCCUGCAAUUGCAUACUGGCCAGGAAGAAUCCAACCAGGGGUUACUCAUGAGUUGGGAAGCACCUUGGACCUUCUGCCAACCAUUGCAGCUCUUGCACAGGCAAAGCUUCCCAGUGCACAGCUUGAUGGCUAUGACAUGAGCAAUAUCCUGUUCACAAGUCAAUCGAGCAUGAGAAAAACAAUGUUCUACUAUCCUGUUGACCCUUCUAUAAAACUGGGUGUGUUUGCAGUGCGAUAUGGGAAGUAUAAAGCACAUUACUACACCCGAGGUUCUUCACACAGUGAAACAACUCCAGACCAUGACUGCCACGUCACUGCCGGACUGCAGGCACACGACCCACCCCUGCUCUUUGAUCUGGAGUCAGACCCCUCCGAGAACUACAACCUAAUGGUCUAUGACUACCAGCCUGAGUACGACCUGGUGUUAAAGAAGAUACAGGAGCUAAAGGCCCAGUUUGAGGAGACAAUGGUGUUUGGAGAGAGCCAGAUUGGAAAGGGGUCUGACCACUCACUGGAGCCCUGCUGUAACCCACAAUGCACUCCAAAACCUGCCUGCUGUGCAUGUAUUCCCUAAAGACUAAAACUGAAAGAGAAUUAUCACUGCCCAACUCAAAAAAAAUAAAUAAACCAAUAACAGUAUGUGUUUAUUUGAAUGAUUAACAUGCCCUUAAACACUAGUUCACUGCCAGACUUGUAAUGUACUGCAUAUUGUAGUGCCCAUCAGGUGUGUCUGGCUGGGCAAAACAGCUGGUUAGGGGCUAUAUAGUGAAUGAAGGCAUUGUUGAAGCUAAAUCAGUCGUUUUUGUGACUAGUAUAUAGUUUUUUUUUUAUCCAUUUUGAGAUUCUCCAGGAGUCCCUGGAGUAAUUAUUAUUCCCUGUAGUUAAUGGUUCUACUUAGUUGUUUUUUACACCCAUUGCAUUAUACAUGUUUAAUCAUGUAUUUAAUAAUGUAAAUCAAUAAUAAUAAUCCUUAUGUGGUGUCCUGCCUCUCCAGGUGGUAUAUAUAUAUAUAUUUUUAAUGUUGUGAUAUCAUGCGGUGAAGCUUUUAAAUUAUUUUUAAUUGUUUAAUUUAAUUGUUUUUUUCUGAUAAUUAAAAAAAAUAAUACAACUCUGUGAUGGAUAGUCAUUUAAAGUACAUUUCAAUUUUCUUUUUUGUAUAUUAACACAACUAUAUAGAUGGAAUUAGAUUUGAGAUAUUUUAAGCAGCUCAGUAUACCAUGGGUAAAUUCACCCAUUCUGAGAGUUGCUGCCCCCCUCUAAUAGUUAAGAAAUAGUUCCUUCGUAUCUUAAAAUGUGUGCAAGGUACUGGUUAACUGGGUUUCUGCUGCUGAUACAACAAGAUGAUGUCAGCACAUCUCAUGACUUUCAAUUUAUAAUGUCACAGUGAUGUCAUAGUGACUGCUAAGCACCCAGCUUUAACUCUAUCAGAUACAAUAACUUGAGUGUAUUAUAGUAAAGAGAAAUAUACAGUAUACAUUCAAAAACCAUCUGGAGCUUCUAGAAAAUGAAGACCCUUAUUUUCUUUCUUGUUUGUUCUAUGUCCUGUGCCAAUGGUGCCUAUGACUUGGACAGUAAGUGUAUCUUAAAAUUCUAAUAUCUGCAGAAAUUAAUCCAAUGCUGUUGUAGGCUUGUUUUAAAUACUGUAAAUUACAUUAUUACCAAUUGUGAUUAAACAUUCUAAAUCUA